AACCGACCGGCUUUUGCUUUUUCUGUCAACUCAUUCGAUUCUGUACAUCGCGCAUUCCGUCGUCGCUGCAUUUUUGUGGUUAUCGUGGCAUAUAUUAAUCAUCCACUAGCAUCUGAAAAGUGUACCGUCAUCAGUUUCUCUGCCGUUCAUAUUUCAACCACUGUAGCUGGACCACAAUGACGGAUAAAAGUCAGUAUGUUCUUCCAAACUCGCAACCCAUCGUGGAACUGGAUUGUGCCGCCGCGUUCAAUGCACUGACCGAGAAGGAAAAACUGUACGCGCACUAUUUCAGUCAGGCGUCAUGGACCGGUGGUUUGAUUGCUCUGGUUCAAUCGAGUCCGGAAUCGCCGUUAAUUUUUUCGCUUCUGCAUAGAUUAUUCCUGGCAGAACCCGUGGACCAGUUGAAGAAGGCAGCACUGGAGGCGGGUGUGGGUGAGGACGAGUUCACGGCUUUUUUGGUUUACGCUUGUGGCUUCUUGGCUAACAGCGGCAACUACAAGGGUAUGGGUGACAGCAAAAUUGUGCCCAACCUGGACGAGGAUAAGUUUGAGAUGAUCGUCAAAAGUUCGAAGGCUUUCAAGGAGGAUGAAAACGUUGUGGGAGGACUUUGGGAAAAGACUAGAACACCGAUGUUCCUUUUGUCUGAUCGUACCAAAACGCUGGGACUGUGCGAUCAGGGAAUUACAACGUACUUUUCGUCCAAUGUGACUCUUCAGGAUACGGAACUGAUCAGUGAGUGGAUGAAAGAGAAUAAGCUAGAGGCGUACAUUUGUCGUACGUUCAAAACUGUUGAAGAUGAUAAGACGGUAUACAACAUCAAGCUUGCCUCCGCCGAAGAAGGGGAGAAAGAAGGAUUAACUUUGGCUCCUGUAGAGUAUAAGGGGUGUAUUUUUAAAAUUACUCGCGGAGAUUACCGAGAGCUGAUGCAGAAGGUGGCGGAUCAUCUUUCAGAAGCGAACAAGUACUCGGCGAACGAAAAUCAAAAAGAGAUGAUUAAUCAUUAUGUUCAGAGCUUUACUGAAGGUAGCUUGGAUGCGCACAAGACCGGUUCCCGCUACUGGAUCAAGGACAAAGGACCGGUUAUUGAAACAUAUAUUGGAUUCAUCGAAACCUACAGAGAUCCGGUGGGACAGAGGGGCGAGUUCGAGGGUUUUGUCGCUAUGGUCAACAAAGAGAUGUCAGCCAAGUUCGGAACGUUGGUCAAGAAUGCUGAGAACUUCAUUAAACUGUUGCCUUGGGGUGAGGAUUACGAGAAGGAUAAUUAUCUGAAACCGGACUUUACUUCGUUGGAUAUACUGACUUUUGCCGGGUCGGGUGUGCCUUGUGGGAUAAAUAUUCCCAAUUAUGACGAAAUCCGCCAAGACGAAGGAUUCAAAAAUGUGUCCCUGGGUAACGUACUGGCCAAUACGAACAAAACCGACACGAUCCCGUUUCUUUCUCCGGAGGAUCAGGCUCUGUUGAAGCGCCUGAAGGCGUCAGCUUUUGAAGUGCAGGUCGGUCUUCACGAGUUACUGGGUCAUGGUAGUGGGAAAUUAUUGCGCCUGAACGAGAAAGGCGAGUACAAUUUUGAUCGGGAGAAGGUCAAAAAUCCGCUGAAUGGGGAAGCAGUCUGCAAUUGGUACGAACCCGGUGAAACGUAUGACUCUAAAUUUAAAUCGUUAAGCUCGAGCUACGAGGAGUGUCGUGCAGAAGCGGUCGGUCUGUAUCUGAGCUUGAAUCGUGACAUUUUGAAGAUUUUCGGUCACACAGAUGAGCAGGACAUGGAUGACAUCAUCUACGUUAACUGGCUACUACUAGUAUGGGGAGGAGUCGGCGUUGCGAUGGAAUUGUACAAUCCAACACAAAAAGCCUGGCUGCAGGCUCACUAUCAAGCUCGGUUCGUAAUCAUGAAGGUGCUGCUGGAAGCCGGCGAGGGGUUGGUCAGUGUAGAAGAGACCGAGCCAGGCAAGAAUUUGCUGUUGAAAUUUGAUCGCAGCAAGAUAGAAACAGUGGGUAAGGAAGCCAUCAAGCAGUUUCUGCUAAAGCUGCAGUAUUAUAAGUCUACCGGAGACGUGGUGAGUGCUACUAAGAUGUACAACCACUAUUCGGAGGUCAGCGAGGAAGGUCCAUAUCCCUGGGCCAAGUGGCGUGACAUUGUUCUGCUGCACAAGAAGCCCCGCAUGAUUUUCGUGCAGGCGAACACGGAGCUGACGGAAGAC